CCGGAAACAUCAAUGAAUAGUUCCGCUUCGUGUUGCUAAGAGCAUUGUAUGUAGAAGAACCGUCGGUAGCAUUUGUAGUUUCUACACGAACAUGUAACAAAUGGAGACCAGUGACGUCAGCAUUGUAACAUAACAAUACGUAUAGUAUUGCACGGACAAAGUAAUGACUCAAGAUUAGUUCGGUUAAAGCCUGUACAGUACAAUAGUUUAGCGAAACGAACACUUAGCGGAGUAGUACUGAAUUGAAACCAAUCGAAUGGAACCAACUGUACUAAAGCUAAAACAACAUUAUCUGACUUAAUGGCCGUGUUGUGAACUUCAGAACAAGAGAAUAAUCAUGCUCAAUUUCCUUGGACUCCGGAAAGACUCAAAGAAGUCAACAUCUGAGAAGGAAGUAGAUGGAGGCUUUGUCAUCGUUGGUGAGACAGUUGAUGAGCAAAGAAGGAGGAUGCAGACCAUGAACAUUGCACAGCCAUCAACAAACGUCAUAGUGCAGCCAUCAAAGUCCUCCUGCCCGUAUCCAGCUCUACCCUCCAACACCAACUACCCUGCUGCUCUACCUAUUACCACACCGACAGCAGGAGCGUCAACAGUAGAGGCUACUUCAACUCUCCCAGAUCUCCUCGGGGACGUGCCCUUCACUUUGGCUCCUCAUGUCCUGGCCAUGCAAACCGGGUUCCCUCUAAUUCCUGAUGUGCUGCUGUCCAGGGACAUCAACUACAACUUAGCUACUUUUCAUUACGACUUCACUUUAGAGAACUCUGUACUUCAUAAUGCCUAGUCUGUUUGUAUUUUAAUACCAGGACUGUAAUCAAGAGAUCAGCUUCAAGCCCUGCAAUGUAUCGAAUAAGCAAAUGUGAUUCAUCUAGAACCAUUUAAAAUCACUAAAAUUACAUAAAAUGUAAAUUUUGCUUUAGAGCUGAGAAGCAAGCAUUUCUGUUAGUAACACAUUCAUUUUGUACUUUCAUUGUAAAAGCAUUGAAAUCAUAUGUUGAAUAGCUAAUGGUUGUCAAAAGUUCUGACAUCGCAGCUUGAUUGGAGCUACAUGGACCUGUGCAUGGUCCAUCUUAUAUUUGGGUAAGACAUCAUAACUAUUGAGCCUUUAGGUACAUUUCCAAUGUGGUGACAUACAGUGUUUUAUAAUGAUUUGUCUAAGUAUAAACAUUAAUUACGGUUGAUUACAACUUGGGUUUCUAUCAGGUUGUAUAACAUUGCAUUACCAUUACCUUUGUUUUAUCUAUCAAAUAAGGUUAACUAAUCUAGUGACCUUAUUUAUAACCUAUCCAAUAAUCGCAUAACUAUAAUUUUGCUCACUGCAUCAAACCUGACUGGUCCAGAAAUGCAUCAUGAUUUUUUUCCAUUUUGUUGUGUGAAGCCCUUGGUUUGCGUAUGUUUAUACAGAAAUCUCUGUCGUGUAAACUGUGCCAAUCUUUAAGGCCUGUGACUGUAUUUGUUGCAAGCAGAUACAUAAUGCACAGAAACAAUUGCAAAAAUGACAGCUGUUGCCAAUGCAUAGCAUUAGUUUAUCACGCUAUAGGUAGUAAAGCAUUCAGGUCUUUGGUCAAGUUUGCGUCUCAAAUUUCGCAGUGCCAAUCAGGUACAGUUGGGUUGGGUCAAGAUGCACAUAUGAGCUAGGUUUAGGUCUCACUUUAGGGCUACUGACUGCUAGUCUCCCUUUCCAUUUUGCUAGAUUUCAUAGAGUCUAACACCUUUAUCAGUGGUCCAAUUUGUAAGAUCUGAGUGUCAUUCCCAACUUGUCAAAUACUGACAGUGUUGUUUGGUUGGACUUUUCACCAACUGAAAGCAUGGGUAAUUUUAUGUGAGUAUGGAAUGAGAUGUAACAAUCUUACAAACUUGGCUACAAGUCGUGACCCAAGUAUGAAAGUUAGACCCAGGCUGUGCUACAUUACAAUGAUUAUGAACAAGGUGUCAUUUAAGAUAGUACAAAAGAAAGACUUUUUCAGAUCAUUUCAGGAUAUUGCACCUACGUACUGCUAGCAAUAACUUUGAAUAAAGCAGUGUACUUGGACAAGAAAUUACAUACCUUCCAUUGAGUUAAACCCAAGUCCUCAGUAGAAUCAUUGGAUAGAAUGUACUUAUUCAUGUGAGAUUGCUUGAGUCAUCUGUUUAUGUGUAAAUUGUGGAGAUUGUUUGAACGAUAAAGUGAAAAUGUUCAGUCAGUUAUUUUACUAACCUCAUUAUUUUGAUGCGGUUUAUAUAUUUCAUUUUAUAUGUAGCAAAAACACUUCCUCCCACAACAAAUGUUUUGACAAUUUUACUUUUUCCCUUCCAGUCACCACCACACUUAAAUUUUGCUCCCUGAGUGUGGCCUUCCUUCAGGUUCAUCUUAUCUAUAUGACAGCAUUUGCAUCUAUUACAUUAUUUAUUCAGUCUGCAUUUCCAAUUGGUUUUUGCUUUCUUGUAAUAAUGGCAUCCAUUUUUCAUCACAAUGCAUUAAAAUAUACAUGACAUUA